AUGCCCGAAGCCGACAUGGCAGCCGUGGCGCAGGGCGCAGGUAAUAACUCGAGCGACUUUGUUCGCAAAUUAUACAAGAUGCUAGAGGAUCCGGCCUACAGUGAGGUAGUCAGGUGGGGCAAUGAAGGCGACAGCUUUGUCGUUCUUGAGAAUGAGAAAUUUACCAAAACUAUACUACCAAAACAUUUCAAGCAUAGCAACUUCGCGAGUUUUGUUCGACAACUUAAUAAAUACGACUUCCAUAAAGUGCGGCAUAAUGAAGAAAAUGGACAAUCCCCAUAUGGCGCAUCUGCGUGGGAAUUCAAACACCCCGAGUUUCGGGCUGAUAGGAAAGACAACCUCGAUAAUAUCCGACGAAAAGCCCCGGCACCUAGGAAGGCUCAGGCCGCGGAGGAGCAGUUCGGGGUUUCUAACCAACAAGUCCUUGUUCUUAGCGAGACGCUGGCCGCGACACAGCAGCAGGUCCAGCAACUUCAAGAAUCCUAUCACGAGAUUGUGAAUGCGAAUAAGAUCUUCGUAGAUGAAAUACUUCACCUACAGAAGCUAGUCCGCGCGCAGAAUCAGGUGCACAACGAACUCAUCAACCAUUUAAACAAGGCCGAACAGGAAAGGAAAGACACUCGAAAUCCAGGUCACUCAGCAGGCGGAUAUUCUAACACCUCUAAUCUCUUGUCAGAUGGCUCCGAGUCGCCUCUCGAGCUACGCCGAGCUCGCGAUAUUCUAAACAGCCUCCAGGUAGAUCAUGUUGCAGACCGGGAUCUGAAUCGAAUGUCUGUUCAAUUACACCAAGUAGGCGGUUCUCCUGAAUCCGCCGGAUCUUCGGGGAUGAUGGGACCGCCUGGCGUAGGUGGUGUAAAUCCAUUCCUGCAUGACCCUCUGAAUGACAUGCGGCAUCUUGUAUACCCCGUUGGUCAAACAGUAGGUAUAGACCCCUUCGCCGCCGAACAUAUUAACAACCUUCCGUAUAAUCGGCCGGUACAGGACAAUGCGAUGGGCCCUGGCCACGAAUUUAACGGCCCGGCCAUGCACUCCCAAACCCCCCCGGGAGCUGCAUCGCAAGGUGGUUCGCCUUGGGGGUCCAAGAAACCGGUCGUCCUUCUCGUGGAGGAUGAUAGAACAUGUUCUCGAAUCGGCUCUAAAUUCCUUGCCCAGUAUGACUGUGGUGUAGAGAUUGCACGCGAUGGUCUCGAAGCUGUGAAUAAAGUUAAUGCAAAGCAGCAUUACUACGACCUCAUUUUCAUGGAUAUCAUCAUGCCGCAGCUGGACGGUGUCUCGGCAACUGCCAUGAUCCGCGAAGUACAACCCAAUACACCAAUUAUUGCCAUGACUUCCAACAUCAACCAGCAAGACCUCGAGACGUACUUUCACUGGGGUAUGCGAGACGUACUUGCUAAACCAUUUACCAAGGAGGGAAUGAUCGGUAAGCUUAGGAAGCAUCUUGCCAAUUUCUUGCGGAACCCCCCUCCGGAGAGUAUGAUGGACUCGAUGUAUCCAAAUGGAGCUCCAGGCCAGCCACCGACACCUGGUCCGUAUUCAAACCAGGGCAUGGGAAUGGCGCCAUUAUCGGCGGCGUCAUCUGGCCCCGUCGGGAAGUUUGAUACUACUCCGAUACAGUCGCCAGCCACGAGUGCUUCGUGGCAUUCCCCGGGCCAGAUACCUCAUGCUUCGCCGACAAUGGCCCAGGACCAAGGGUAUCUCGGCGCAGGUAGCGGUUCGCAGAUGGUAUUAACACCGGGCGGGACUCAGAAACCGCAGUAUGCGAAUACGAUGAUACCCCAGAUGGGCGUACCUCCUCCGCAAAGGAUGCCUGAUGGUAUGCAGCGCUCAGACGGGCCCCCGGAGAAGCGACAGCGACUGUACGCGUCGCAGACGAGUUAUAACCAAUAA